UUGAAUUUUCGAAAUUGCAAUUCGACCGUUGGCCGAAAUCAGUCUUGUUUUAUCCCGAAUUUUAUUAAAUAAAUUUGUUUUACCCACAUAUUGUAUAUUGGAAUAUAAGUACCCGGUCCGCGCAAAUUAAAGCGCAUUUUAAUUUGGACCGUAAUCUCUUAUUUUAAGUAUAAAUUCCUUAGAAAACCUCCACUAUUCUAGGAAAGACAAAAAAAUGUCAGAUCCAAGUUCCGUAAAGGUUGCUGUAAGGGUGCGCCCCUUGGUACCCACCGAAAUCGAAAAAGGAUGCAAGGAAAUCAUAGAGAGCAUAGAAGAAAACAAUCAGGUCUGGAUAAAAAACUGUGAUAAGGCAUUUACUUUCAAUUACGUUAUGGGACCGACCGCUCCUGACGAUGUGUUGUAUUCCAAAUGUGUACGACCCUUAAUAAAACAAAUUUAUGAAGGGUUCAAUGUAACAAUAUUUGCUUAUGGUCAGACUGGAAGUGGAAAGACGUACUCGAUGGGGACCGCCUACAAUGGAGAGGGUCACAUGGGAGUCAUCCCGCUGGCUGUAGCAGAAAUCUUCGACUACGUACGAGACCAAUUUAACGUCGAUUUUUCUAUAACCGUUUCUUUUAUAGAGUUGUAUAGAGAAGUCUUAUAUGACUUACUAUCUAACAAACCAAGGGACCAAAGUGUGCUAGAUAUAAGGGAGGAUUUAGUGAAGGGAACUUAUAUACCAAACCUCACUGAAAUCCCGGUCUCUUCUGCCCAAGAGGUUCUUAAUAUUUUGGCAAAGGGGUCGCAAGGGAGAGCGGUGGCGUCCACCAACAUGAACCAGCAAAGCUCCAGGAGUCAUUCGAUUUUUACUGUUAGUUUGGAUAUGCAACACAAAACUGAUAAGAACCAAAGUAAAACUGCCAAACUGCAUUUGGUGGAUUUGGCGGGAUCAGAAAGACCGAAAAAAACGGGGGCGCAAGGAACAACUUUCAAAGAGGGAGUGGACAUAAAUAAAGGAUUGUUCGUUUUGGGAAACGUUAUAAGCGCCCUGGGUGAUGAAAAGCAACAAAACGGUUUCAUACCAUACAGAGAUAGCAACUUAACCAGAUUGUUAAAAGAUUCUUUGGGAGGUAAUAGUCUUACCUUAAUGGUCGCAUGUGUCAGUCCUGCAGACUAUAAUUUAGACGAAACAGUUUCGACGUUACGGUACGCAGAUCGGGCGAGGAAAAUCAAAAAUAAACCCAUUAUUAACCAGGAUCCUAAGGCGGCGGAAAUUAACGCCCUUAAGCGGCAGGUCAAGCAGUUGCAGUUGCAAAUUGUCGGUCAAGGCGGUCCAAUAAUAUCGACCGAAGAAAUCGACAAGCUGAGAUCUGAAAACACCGACCUCCAUCUUAAAAUCAAGAGUCUUAUGGUGCAAUUGUCGGCCGCCUUAUUAGAAAAAACCGGAUUACACGAAACCCUUUUGAUCCUCCAAAGCGCCAACGAGGCCCUAAGCAAAAAGUUGGCGGAGCUGAAAGACGAGUGCAACGCCACUUUUUCCAGAUUAAGCAUGGGAGUGGAACAGAACGAUGUCCAAACUAUCAAAGACAAUUUGGGAAAACUGCAGGAGAUCCAGAAACACUUUGAGGUGCUGCACGAAGAUCAAAUUAAAACAGAAAACGAAAUUAGAAAGAACGAAGAAACGUUUACUAUUUUGGCUCAUAUGACUGGAAACUCUUCGAAUGGUUCAGCUUCGUCUGAGAUUCAACAAGGCGCUGAGUCGCACACCACCAAACAGAUGGCGUUAAACUCGCAGCUACAGGAAGUGUCCAAGCAGUUAAUGCAAAAAGAACAAUUGGCCAGGCAGCUAGCAAACAACACGUGCAUCAUGGUGGAUGAGUAUGCCAUGGCUGAAACACAGAAGAAAAUAGAUAACUUAGAAAAAGAAAAAGACGAACUCUUACAGCAACUUAGAAACGUGAAAACCAAAGAAAACUCCAGCAAAGUGUCGGAGCAACGGCGCAAGAGGGUGCAAGAAUUGGAAGAACAACUCAAGGAGCUUAAGAGAAAGGUUAUGGAACAGUCACGCCUAAUUAAGCUUAAAGAAAAGGACGAGCAGAAGAUCAAAUUGCUAAAUCAGGAAAUUGUUUCGAUGAAAUCCAAAAAGGUGGGAUUGGUCAAGCAGAUGCGGGAAGAAACUGAAAGAUUUAGAACCUGGAAACAACAAACUGAACGUGAGCUGGCUCGCGUUCGUCAACAGGAGCGUAAAAAGGAAAACGAAAUGGCAAAAAUGAAGGUAACCCACGAGAAACAGAAGAACGUACUCAAAAGGAAGUUCGAGGAGGCAGCCGCAUUGAAUAAAAGGUUGCAAGGCACCCUGAUGAAGCGCAGACAAGCACAAGAAAUCAGAUUUACGGGAAAGAUAGAAAAGAUAGCUGGAUGGCUGAAAGAAGAGUUAGAUGUGCACGUGAAUAUUGUCGAAGCCACUGCUAGUCUGGAAGGACUUCUAGAAGACCGGGCAACUCUUCAACAACAAUUGGACGCACUCAGACAAGAUCCAGAAACGUCGAACGGUCCGGAAGCGAAAUCCAUCGAGGAAGACAUAGAGUUACGUUCGAUCCAGAUCCAAGACUUACAGCAAAAACUUCUCGACUCCGACGAAGACAACAAAUCAAAAACGAGGUUCGAUGUGAUCCAGUCCAUGGUGGAGGCUAAAUUCGCUCUUAAAUCGUUAUUCGAGCUGUCAGUGGAAUGCCAUAAAGAGAAAGUACAGGCGAGGAGAGAACUUACCGAGAUGCAGGAAUCACAAAAGGGGUUUAACAAGAAACUAGAAGAAAUGUCCAAAGAAAUGCAUCAUUUAGAAGAUCAUUUCGCUGAAAAGAUGGCGGAUCAAGAAAAAAGACAUCAGGAAACCGUCGGAUUGUUGCUGAUGCAAUUGCGCGGAAUCGAAAAUAAAAAUGUUGCUCCGGAAUCGGAACUGAUGCAUCGACUCCAAAUACAAAACGAACAAAUUCACUAUCAGCAAUCCCUUCUGGAAGAAACCCAGGAGGAAAAUCAAAAGCUCAAGGUGAAAUUGGAGGAAAUCAAGAAAGCCGCGAAGAGUGCCCAGUUACUACAAAAGAAAGGGAAAAUCAAAGAGGAAAAUACUUCUGAAGAACAGAAUAGUGAUGAAAUGAUCUCACAGGAGGCAAACGAUAAUUGUAAGACACCUGAGAAGCGACAAGCUGCAGUUAAUGGAGAUGACCAAUUUAAGACUCCGGACAUUUUAAAUGAUACUGUGGACGUAUUCGAUUUCGACGAUCCUAAAAGGGAUCCAGAUUGGCGUAGGACUCCUUUGGGGAAACGGGUUAUCGACACGAAACCUUUGCUAAAGGCCACCCUUUUAAACAAUAUAGAUCCCGACCAAAGCAAACCCGGCCCAUCAAAAAGAUCAUCGGAAGGUGGGUGUGCCUGCAAACUGACUUGCACCAGAAGAUGCGGUUGCAGGCGAACCUCCAAGAAAUGCUCUAAGUAUUGUAAGUGCAGCGAGAGCUGCACCUACAGGGAAAACUCAGAAAAUAACGAAAACGAGUCCGCUAUUGGUAACUUUAAUAGGGAUUCCGAAGGUUCUACCGGGAACAGUACAUUCGAGACUGCCGCCAAUUCAUCAGCGGAGGAUAAGAGUUUUAAAAGGCCACGACCCACCCCAUAUUACCGAACCAAACGUAUCCUUGAAGCCAAAAGGCGUACUCCCAAUACCUCAAUUGAUCAAUCCCCAAAUACCCUGAUUGACGCCGAAAUACAACGAACGAAAAGGCGUCCAAAGAGAAUUUUUGCGUCCGAGGGAGAAACCGACUAAUUUGAUGAUUAUUUCUUUAUUUUAAGUGUUGAAUGAACCUCGGAGCCCUUAGUGGAUCUCCAUUGUAUAUGUAAUUUAUUUCUUAUUUUAAUGACUUCUUUUUAUUUUAUUAUUAGACCAAUUCGUGUAUAUAAUAUUUCUACUGGUAUAUUUAAAGGAAAGAAUGGUUGACUUAAAGCGAUCCUGUAUAUAAUAAUUGUUUUUAGUACUUAUCGUUAAUUAAAUUUGUAUAAAUUGUAAGGCAGUUUUAUAAUUUUAUGCUACAAAUACUAUCUUAAAAACUUACUUAGCAUGACAAUAUAUAAGGAUGAAUAAAACUAUCUAUAACUAAUGUUAAAUUGUA